AUCGUUUUACUACGGCGCACAUCCACCUCGAGAUAUUACUUAACCGACUAACUCUGCUGCAACAUAUUUACUGCAAAACAUCCAGCUUUCCUUUAAACAUGUGCAUCUGCUGCAUCGGGGAGAGCACAAACAUGUCCUGUUCUUUCAUCUAGCGUCAGGCGCCAUUUGCAAUUAUGGAGGCUUAAACAGUGGAGAGUUUUGGGGGGAAGGAGUCUUUCCCCUCAAAUAGAUGGACUCUUUGGAUGGACAGUACACAGAACUGAAUGAUUAAACUAAAAGUUAACUUAUUUUUGAGACAACUGGAACAUAUUUGUAUGAUUUUGUACAGAAAUAGUAUUUUCUUUAAUGCUAGUGAUUGUUCAAAAGGUUUUGUCGAGUGUGUUGCUGACAUGGUGGGCUGAGAUGAAGUAGAUCUUCACUCUGGGGUCACUAGGGUGCCGUGGAAUCUCAACACAUGCACAAUCCUAGCACCCCAAAUUCACCUGACAGCGAGAGAUGCCUUGAAUGUAUUCCCUGUUUUCAUUUGCAUCUUUGUUUCUAGCAGUCAUUUCUCAAGUUUUACAAAUUUAAGCACAGACUUAGUGAUAUUUUUGUGGGUGGAGGUGGGUUGUUUUUUGGGUGACCGUGAGGAUAUAACUUAGUGGUAGAGAAGAUAAAAUGAGUCUGGGAGACCCAGACUGCACUCCGAAGUGCCGUUCCCUGCAGCACGCGGAAGAGGUGACGGCUGCGUUGACCAGCGGUUCAGAGGGGAGACUGCAGGGCUACUUGACCGCCCACUGUCACAAUGCAGCGACUCUGAGGGAUGCAUUCGGACGCACAGCUCUCCACCUCGCUGCCUCUCUGGGUAAGCGUGACCUCCUUCAGUGGCUCCUGGACCGCAAACACGCCGACCUGCUGGCGAAGGAUAAAGAGUCGGGGUGGACUGCUCUGCAUCGCAGCGCCUUCUAUGGGCAAAUUCAUUGCCUCAUAACUCUAGUCAAGCAUGGUGGAUCACUGUCCAUUCAGGACAAGGAGGGGCUUUCUGUUCUAGACCUCACCAUGAAGGACCGCCCAGCCCAUGUUGUGUUCCGAAACACUGAUCCUACUGAGGUGUACACCUGGGGACGCAACACAAAUUUUAGUCUGGGACAUGGCAACCAGGAGUGCAGACACCAUCCUGAGAUUGUGGACCUGUUUUCAAGGUCUGGAGUCUAUGUAAAACAGGUGGUGUUGUGCACAUUCCACUCUAUCUUCCUGUCCCAGAAGGGUCAGGUGUACACUUGUGGACAUGGACAGGGGGGACGACUCGGACAUGGUGAUGAGCAGACAUAUCUGGUACCCCGGAUGGUGGAAGGGCUUUUGUCCCAUCACUGCUCACAAAUCGCAGCGGCCCGAGAUCACACUGUAGUUCUGACAGAGGAGGGGUAUGUCUACACAUUUGGCAUCAACACCCACCAUCAGCUGGGUCUGGCACCUCCACCUGCAUCCAGCCCAGUACCCAAACAGGUGACAUCUAAGUCCCUAAAAGGGAGGUCUGUGAUUGGUGUUGCAGCCGGCAGGUUCCACACUGUUCUUUGGACCAGAGAUGCAGUGUUUACAUUAGGAUUAAACGGAGGCCAGCUGGGUUACUUGCUGGAGCCCAACGGAGAGAAGUGUGUGACUGUCCCUCGACAGGUGUCCGCUCUGCACCACAAGGAUGUGACCAUCGCUAUGGUCGCAGCCAGUAAUGGGGCCACUGUGUGUGUGACUGAAAAGGGUGAUGUGUACCUGCUGACAGAUUAUCAGUGCAAAAAAAUGGCCUCUAAACAGUUGAACCUGAAGAAGGUUCUUGUGAGUGGUGGUAGUUUGGAUCAUCGUGUUGAUGCUCAGCUCCUGCAUGAUGGUGGAGGAGAGAAGCUGGUGAUUCUGGCCUUAGAUGAAGCUGGCAGGGUGUUUUGUUGGCGCUUUAUGGGCACGUCAGUGAGACAGUGUCGUUGGGCGUACGGGCGACAGGUCUUCAUGUCAGACAUCGCCCUGAGUAAAAACAGCAUGAUGUUUGUCACUCAAGAUGGAGAGGGCUUCAGUGGACAGUGGCUGGGCCAGUACAAGAAAACAGUAGACAAAAAAGAUGGCUUGGAGGUGUGCGGUCACUCAGACCGGACACAGACUGGUGUCUAUGAACGGAUCCGUCUUGAGAAGCUUCAUUACAUCCACAGAGCUGUCAGCAUUACCAUGGAUUCCAAGGGCCGGAAUUUCGGGGUGCUGCAGGCCGAUCCCAAAACCAGCCUGUAUGAAGUGCCCACCGUUUCCACGUCGUCAUUCUCCCAACACUUCCAGCGUUUGCUGACCGAAGCCGACGAGACCGACAGCAUCCAUGAUGUGACCCUGCAGGCUGGCGAUCGCUCUUUCCCAGCUCACAAAUAUAUCCUAUCCAUGCGGUCGGAGUUCUUCCGCAAAAUGCUCCUCCCGGAGGGCAGCAAUGAGUAUGCAGUAGAUGGAGAGGUGAAGAAAGGAGAAGACGCAGUGGGCUGUGACCUGUUGGUGCUGGAGAAGGUUCCUCCGGAGAUGCUGGAGCACGCUCUUCAGUUCAUCUACACUGACUCAUGUGAGAUGCUGGUGCACAGGACCCGACCCAGCAUCCCGCGCUCCAAACAGAGCUCUGAUCCUGAAUUACAGCUGAUCCACAGUCUGCAGGCGCUGGGGCUGAAGAACCGCUCAGCUCUGGAGGUGUACCAUUCCCCUCCUGCUAAGGCCAGCGAGGAAGCAGAUAAACCCAAGAGCAAGAGCACCAAAUCUGGAAAAAAGGGCAAGAGUGGUAGUGUCGGUGAAUUUGGGCAAAACCCAGUAAAGAUGCUGCAAGGUGUCGCCAGAAAACUGGGCUUGGGAAGUCUCUCAUCACGGCUUGAUGGGGUGAAGUAUGAGAAUGGGAAUAUCAGUGUGGGGCAGAAGAAGACGGGCAACAAGCAACGAUUUAAUCUGAAGAAAUGCUUGUACCUCUGUGAUGUCACAUUGCGGUCAGAGGAUGGAAAAGAGUUUCCCUGUCACAAAUGUGUUUUGUGCGCUCGGCUGGAGUAUUUUAACAGUAUGCUGGGCAACCCCUGGAUAGAGGCCACCAGCUGCACUGCACUAGACCUGCCCACCACAUCUGAUAUCCUGCAGGUUAUUCUGGAGUACAUCUACACUGAUGAGUCCCCGACUGUCAGAGAGUCGUUGAAUGUGGAGUUUGUGUGUAACGUGCUGGUGGUGGCCGAUCAGUUGUUAAUCAUGAGACUGAAGGAGAUCUGUGAGGUCGCCAUCACUGAGAACUUGACAUUGAAGAAUGCAGCAGAAUUACUGGAGUUUGCCACCGUGUACAAUGCCGGGCAGCUCAAACUGUCCUGCCUGCAGUUCAUUUGCCUCAACAUGGUCGCUCUGCUGGAGUCCAAAGCAUUGGAGAUCCUGAGUGAUGAUAUUCUACUGGAGUUAACUGCAGCUUACAGGAGAAUGAUCCCAGCCAUGCAGAGACGUCUCAUCACACCAUACUCCAGCGCUCCUGAUCUCAGUGCUUAUGAAGACAGACAGUGGGACUCUGCUGUGGACUGUAAGAGCGGCUCUGAACCCGAUCACUCCAGUGACAGUCUAAUAAAGAAGGCCAAGAUAAGGGUAAAGAGGAAACCACGCAGACGCUCUGACAGCUCCGGUGGAUACAACCUGUCUGAUGUCAUCCAGAGCCCGCCCACUCCAGUUAAGGCCAGUUCAGUGGAGUCUUUGCAGGAGCUCAUCGCGUCUGAUUCAGAGGGCAGUUAUUUAGGAGUGGGCAGCCCCCGAGACCUGCAGUCUCCUGUGUUCCAGGACAGACCUGACACACAGGAGGAGAGGCAUGGACCAUUAGAAUUAAAGACUCCACCUGGGACUCCUGUUUUGAAGAAUGGCCCUGUGCCAACUCAAGCUUCUACCCCUGAACCCAACCCUACUGUCAGAGCAAAACCAGCUCCUGUCCUGGACCUCAGGGCCAUCAUGGAGAUGGAGGCUAACUCCCUGAACCAGAGCACCACAUCCAAAAGUCCCAGCUCCAAAGUGGCAGUGAUCUCCAGUAAGCUGUCUCAGAAGCAAAGGAAGAUGAUGGCAUCUCUGGCCUCCAGAGAGAGCAGCACAGAGAACACCUCUGCUAAAUCACCCCCCUCUGUUACUCCAGUGAAGCCUGUGAAGGCCUGGUCGGCAGCGGUUCAGUCCUCGACCUCUUCCUGUUCCUUUCGGGAUCUUCUAGUAGAGGAGGAACACCGUGGGAAACCCUCUCCAGUUUCUCCAGUGACUGGCUGGAGUCCAGUGGCUUCUGCAGGACCAGCCACAUGUGCCAAAAGAGUGACCUUUAAAUGUGCCAAUACCAGCGACUCGGACAAACCAGCAGGCCCUUGGGUGUUGAGAGCAGCGAGCAGCCCUCCCUCCACCACUACUGUCACGUUUGCUUCCAUAGUGGAGGAGGAGAGGAAACAGGAAGCUGCGCUUAUCCGCAGUCGUGAGAAACCACUUGCACUCAUACAGAUUGAAGAAAGAGCAAUUCAAGACCUGUUACUCCAUUACAAGGCUGUUAAUAACCCAGAGGAGCUGAUACUGGUGGAGAGAUCACCACAAGGCCCAAUUGCCACCCCCACCUGGAACAAACACUGAAACCAACACACUCAUGGCAUCACACUCAUGUUCCAGUUUAAGGCUGUACUGAGGUGUAUUACAAGCAGUGUUCUGUUUUCAUCACCUUUUUAUGCAGUAUGCAAACUCAUUUCACUGCUUGUUUCAUAUCAGCUUUUUUUCAUAUCCUUUGAUUAUUCUGAUUUCUCUUAACAGGAAUAAAAGACUGGAAUCUGGGGUAGAAUCUAUUGUUUCUAACAUGUGCUAGUGUGAGUGUACUUGCCAAAGGAUAUUUGUAAGGGUUUUUUUUCCAUUUGUUUCGUGAAAUUCAGAUUUGCAAUGAUCUGCAUAUCCCAGUUGUGUGUGUGUGUGUGUGUGUGUGCGUGCGCACGCUGCAGUGACCAAACAGAUCUGUUUAUAUAUAACUCAAAUUAUAUAAUGCUGUGCACAGCAGACUCCUCUCACACAUUGUAACAAUAUGAAGAAAAUACGAUCAGCCUUGAAAAGCAAUAAACAUUUUAUUAGGUUGCUCACAAGGGCUGUUUGAAGGAGCUGCUUUUACAAGAUUCAUUAACUUCCUCUGCACAACAAGAGGAGCUGAAACGUGCAAAUCGGAUUUUUAUGUACUUUUGCUUCCUCGUGCAACCUCCAUAAAUAUUGAUACAUGCUCAUUUUUGGGUCUGGAUGUAAUGGUCUUCACUGCCAGAACAUGAUUGGUUGUACAGAAAAAGAAAAUGCAAUUUUUUUUUUUUUUUUUUUUUUUGAUUCUCAAUGUUUUUUUUUUUUUUUGCUAAAUGUAAAAGAAGAUCUUUGCAGUGGCAAUAAAGAUUUGAAUGUGUGCAUCAGAA